AUGGAGGCCAUCAAGCUGCAGAGGAAGUAUCCUCAAUUCUCGCAAGAGGAGAUGAUGGGUCUCAUCUCGCGCUUCCGCACGCUCGACGUCGAAGAAAAGGGCAGCAUCCCCAAACAGGAUGUCAUCAAGGCCAUCCAGGAUGCGGGCGACGCAUCGUACGAUCAGGUGCGCGAGACGCUCAAGGAAGUCGACCUGGAUGCUUCGGGUCGCGUCGAGCUUGACGACUACGUCGAUCUUGCUGCCAAGCUCCGUGCGGGUCGCAACGCAUCCGCCGGCGUGGUGACCAAGGGCAAAGUCUUUGUCAAGGGCGCGACCUCCUCGACGCAGCACACGAUCAACGAGGAUGAACGCACCGAGUUCACACGUCACAUCAACUCCUCCCUCGCUGGCGACGCCAACAUCGGCUCGCGCCUCCCCAUCCCCACGGACACCUUCCAGCUCUUCGACGAGUGCCGCGACGGCCUGGUCCUCUGCAAGCUCAUCAACGACUCGGUGCCCGAUACCAUCGACGAGCGCGUCCUCAACUUUGGCAAAGCCGGUAAACCCCCUAACGCCUUCCAAAUGACCGAAAACAACAACAUCGUCAUCACCUCCGCCAAAGCCAUCGGAUGCAGCGUCGUCAACAUCGGCCCGCAGGACCUCAUCGAUGGCAAGGAGCACCUCAUUCUCGGCCUCGUAUGGCAGAUCAUCCGUCGUGGUCUGUUGAGUAAGAUCGAUCUCAAGAACCAUCCCGAGCUCUACCGGCUGUUGGACGACGGUGAGACGUUGGAGGAGUUUUUGCGUCUGCCUCCGGAUCAGAUCCUGUUGCGAUGGGUCAAUUAUCAUCUCAAGGCGGCCAAUUGGCACCGUCGCGUGGCCAACUUUAGUAAGGACGUGAGCGAUGGAGAGAACUACACGGUGUUGCUCAACCAGCUCAAACCCGACCAAUGCGAUCGAGCGCCCCUGCAGCAGACGGACGUGACGCAGCGCGCAGAGAUGGUAUUGCAGCGAGCCGACGCGAUCGGGUGUCGCAAGUAUCUGACUCCCGGCUCGAUGGUGGCGGGCAACCCCAAGUUGAACCUGGCGUUUGUAGCGCAUCUGUUCAACACGUGGCCUUGCCUGGAACCCUUGGAGGAAGCGGUGCCGGUGGAGAUCGAGGACUUUGAUGCCGAGGGCGAGCGCGAGGCGCGCGUCUUCACGCUCUGGCUCAACUCGCUCGACGUCGAACCGGGCGUGUACAACCUGUUCGAAGAUCUCAAGGACGGGACGGUCAUCUUGCAGGCGUUUGACAAGGUCAUCCCCGGCAGCGUCACCUGGCGACGGGUUAGCAAGCCGAAAGAGGGCCAGGAGCUGAGUCGAUUCAAGGCGGUCGAGAACACCAACUACGCCGUCGACCUGGCAAAGGCGUCCAACAUGCACAUCGUCGGCAUCCAGGGUGCGGACAUUGUCGAUGGAACCCGGACGCUCACCUUGGGGUUGGUCUGGCAGUUGAUGCGGUUGAACAUCACCAAGACCCUCUCGUCUCUCUCUAAAGGUGGGCGCGGGGUGAGCGAUGCGGAUAUGGUGGCUUGGGCGAACAAGUUGGUCAAGGGCAGUGGGAAAACGACCCAGAUCCGCUCGUUCAAGGAUGGUCAGCUCAAGAGCGCCGUCUUCUUCCUCGACCUCCUCAACGCCCUCCGACCCGGCAUUGUCGACUACAGCCUGGUCAACGGCGGAAGAACCGAGGACGAGUGCAGGUUGAACGCCAAACUCGCCAUCAGCAUCGCGAGGAAGUUGGGCGCGCUCAUCUUCCUGGUCCCCGAAGACAUUGUCGAGGUGCGACAGAGACUCAUCUUGACCUUCGUCGGCAGUUUGAUGGCCAUUCAAUGA